CGGCGCAGACGUUCACAUGACGCGGGGCGGGGCGGAGCGGGCAGGUGGGCGGGAGGAAACCGAACAGCCGGAUCGGCGGCUGCGGCGGCGCAUACCGGCAUGGCCGCUCUUUACGGGGGUGUAGAGGGGGGAGGCUCACAGUCCAAGGUCCUUUUACUCUCAGAGGAUGGGCAGAUCCUGGCAGAAGCGGAUGGACUCAGCACAAACCACUGGCUGAUCGGGAAAGACAAGUGUUUGGAGAGGAUCAACGAGAUGGUGAACAGGGCCAAGAUGAAAGCAGGGGUGGAUCCUCUGGUCCCUCUACGAAGCUUGGGCCUGUCCCUGAGCGGAGGGGAGCAGGAGGACGCGGUGAAGAUGCUGACGGAGGAGCUGAGGGACCGAUUUCCCUACCUGAGUGAAAGCUAUUUAAUCACCACCGAUGCUGCCGGCUCCAUCGCCACGGCUACGCAGGAUGGUGGGAUCGUGCUCAUCUCUGGGACAGGUUCCAACUGCAGGCUCAUCAACCCGGAUGGCUCAGAGAGUGGCUGUGGCGGCUGGGGCCACAUGAUGGGGGACGAGGGCUCAGCCUACUGGAUUGCACACCAAGCAGUGAAAAUAGUGUUUGACUCUAUUGACAACCUAGAGGCGGCUCCUCAUGACAUUGGCUACAUCAAACAGGCAAUGUUCAACUAUUUCCAGGUGCCAGAUCGGCUAGGAAUCCUCACCCACCUGUAUAGGGACUUUGAUAAAUGCAGGUUUGCUGGGUUUUGCCGGAAAGUUGCAGAAGGUGCUCAGCAAGGAGAUCUCCUUUCCCGUUUUAUCUUCAGGAAGGCUGGGGAGAUGCUGGGCAGACACAUUGUGGCUGUGUUGCCUGAGGUUGACCCGGUCUUGUUCCAGAGGGAGAUGGGCCUCCCCAUCCUGUGUGUGGGCUCUGUGUGGAACAGCUGGGAGCUGCUAAGGGAAGAUACCAGGAGUAACUAAUGGGAUUCCAUGCUGUGAAGGCGUUAGAGAUGGAUAUAUUCAUCUCUCCUGAGCCUCAAACAGCCUUGUGACCAAGCAAAAGCAUGGAACAAGAACGGGACUCAAAUGAAGCCAGCACUGCUUUACUCUACCUGUGGGAUUUCAUCAACAGCACAGCCUCAUCUAUAUCAUUCAUUCAGCAAGCACUGAAUGUCUCGCGGCUGUGAUGGGUGGUGCUCUGAGGAUUAAAAAUGAGUACACCCCUAUACCUCAUACCAACUGAGAAGUUGACAAAAAUUUAUGGAACUGCAUGUUUACAAUAUCUGCUUUUCUGUAAUCUACUUAAGUUUAAUAAAAUGUUUUAGUGAAUGAAUACAACA